AUGACAAUCGACCAGGAUCCCAUCCUCACUAAACUCCGCGAUGUAUCCCUCUCAACAGAGAACGGCGUCAGCAAACAUCACACAACAGAUCAAGACCAUCUCGCUACCGCGGGGCUCCUCUCAGAACGAGAAAGUGAAGCAUGGCAAAGAGCGAUAGAAAAGGUCGUUCGAUGUGUUGUGUCGGUCAAGUUCUCGCACCCUUACUCGUUUGAUACCGAGACUAGCAAGACGAGCGAAGCAACGGGCUUUGUUGUCGAUGCGGAAAAGGGUAUCAUUCUUACUAAUCGACAUGUUGUCGGUCCUGGGCCGUUUUCGGGGUACAUCGUCUUCAAUAAUCAGGAAGAAGUCGACACGUACCCUAUUUACCGCGAUCCAGUGCACGACUUUGGUUUCUUGAAGUUUGAUCCCAAGGCGGUUAAAUACAUGGCUCUCACCGCAAUGGAACUCAGACCGGAUCUAGCAAAGGUCGGUACCGAGAUAAAAGUCAUUGGCAACGAUAGCGGCGAAAAGCUCGGUAUCCUCUCCGGUUUUAUCAGCCGUCUUGACAGAAACGCUCCCAUAUAUGAUGGCUACAUGGACUUCAACACAUGUUACUUCCAAGCGAACGCCUCAGCAUCAGGAGGAAGUUCCGGAAGUCCUGUUGUUAACGUCGACGGACACGGUAUCGCGCUCCAAGCAGGCGGGCGCACUGAUGGAUCAACGGAUUAUUUCCUACCGCUUGAUGGACCGCUACGAGCGCUAAAGCAGAUUCAACGUGGUGAAAAGGUAAAAAGAGGUGAGAUUCAGACCGUUUUCAAGUUGAAGCCCUUUGAUGAGUGCCGACGCCUGGGGUUGAGUCCUGAGUGGGAGAGUGUUUUGCGCAAAUCCUUCCCUGGUGAGGAUAACGUCAUCGUCGCCAUGGAUGUUUUACCCGAGGGUCCUUCAGACGAUAAAUUGAAGGAGGGUGAUAUCCUACUCAAGAUCAACGGGGAUCUCGUUACCCAAUUCCUCCGUCUCAAUGAGAUUUUCGACUCCAACAUUGGCAAAACCGUGCGCAUUCUCGUACAAAGAGACGGCCAAGAUGUCGAAGAGGACAUACUAGUCCAAGACCUCUGCGAAAUCACACCCGAUCGCUUCGUCACCGUCGGAGCAGCCUGUUUCCAUGACCUAUCAUACCAAGUCGCGCAACGAUACUUCCUCCCCUGCCGCGGCGUGUACGUCAGUAAAUCCGGCCCGUUUCACCCCACGCACGAUAACUACAUCAUGGUCGAUAGCGUCAAUCACAAAAAGACGCCGAACCUCGAUGCCUUUGUGCAGGUGAUGAAGGACAUUCCCGACAGAGCACGCGUGGCUAUUAAAUUUUGGUAUGUUUGGGAACCGCAGACUGUUCGAACCGCUGUUGUGCCGAUUGAUCGGCAUUGGUUCCAGCGCAUGAAGAUGUUUAAGAGGAAUGAUACCACGGGUGUAUGGGAUGUUGAGGUACUCGCUGAGCCGCUGCCUGCUAUUCGACCGCCGCCGUUGAGUGCAUCCUUUGAUGCGCUGGAACAUAUUGCUCAACGAGAAAUUGCCGAGAUUUCCAGGAGUUUCGUACACGUGAGAUUCUCGUCGCCUGUCCUCAUCGAUGGGCAAUCCGCGCGCAUUAAACUCGGAAUGGGCCUCGUCGUCAACGCUAAGCGAGGCUAUGUUAUCGUUUCAAGAACUGUCGUGCCGACAAAGCUCUGCGAUAUCGAACUGACCUUUGCCGACUCUGUCCUUGUUCCUGGAAAGGUCGUCUUCUUACAUCCUGCGCACCACUACGCCAUCAUCCAAUACGACCCCAGCCUCGUCGACGCGCCCGUCAAAAGCGCCAUCUUUAGCACCGAGAAAAUCUCACAGGGUGCGCCGACUUUCUUCGUCGGGCAUAAUGAUUGCGAUGAGAUGGUGUAUGCCUCGACAGCCGUGACAAAAGUCAUCCCUCUCGAGCGAGAACCACCAAAUCCACCCCGCGGCCGUCCCGUCAACGUUGAUCGUAUUGAUGUUGAGACUCGAAUUGGAAAUCAUUGCGGCAGCGGCGUCCUCAUCCGUGAAGAUGGCGUCGUCCAGGCUCUUUGGGUCGUCUAUGAGAUGGAAGAUCUCGACGAAGCAUGCUUCGGUUUAAGCUCCCAGGCCAUCGCGCCCAUCGCCGAGAAGCUAAGCCAAGGCAUCGUCCCAACCCUGCGUAGUCUCUCCAUCGAGCUCGAGGCCGUGACAAUGAUUGAAGCGCGAGUCAUGGGCGUUGCGGAGGAGUGGAUAGAAAAGGUCCAGAGCAAGUCCUCCUCCGACCGACGACUCUUCAUGGUCAAACGCGGCCCGAAGCAACUUCCCGGUCAACUCGGCGAAGGUGACGUCCUCCUCACGCUCGAUGACAAGCUCAUCACGCAGCUCCACGACGUGGAUGUCAUGUACUGGAAAGAAAGCCUCGACGUUGUCGCUGUACGAAAUGGCGAACAGAUCAGCUUCAAAGCGCAGACUGUUUCUGAGGAUGAGUUUGAGACUUCGCGCGUUGUCAACUUCUGCGGCUUGACGGCGCAGAAACCACAUCGCACUGUGAGGCAGAGCAUCAAGAAGUUGCCGAGCGAAGUAUAUAUCACAAGUUGGUUCAUAGGAUCGCCGGCGAAUCUAUAUAACGUCUACGCAACGACUUUCAUCACACAUAUCGACAAUAAGCCUACACCGGAUCUGGAGUCGCUCGUGGGGAUCAUUGCAAGCAUCCCUAACAAAACAUACUUCAAGAUCAAGAUGAUGAACUACACCGGAACUCCCUCCGUCGUGACAAUCAAGAAGGAUGAACGCUACUGGCCUACUGUUGAGUGGCUUCGUGAUGAGACGCAUGUGGAAGGAUGGAAGAGGGUCACGUAUGAGAACGGUGAGGUUAUACAGGGCGAGGGUCUUUAUGGUAUUACACUCUGA